CUCUAUAUUCUGGGAUGCUAACUUUAACAAAUGCAUAUGUCGUCUGCUAAAUGGCUCAGCAUCUCAAACAACACACAAUGUAUUUAUAUUUUGGCGAAUUACAUUUCUAUUUUCCACAGAUUUAGAAAACUUUUGAUUUUGUUAUACCACAUUUUUUCUUCUUGAUAAAGUUCUUGCUAUAAUUAAAAAACUUAAUUGUAAAUGUAAUUGACCAAUGACAUUAAAUUUUUUUGGUAAUAAUGGUUAUUUAUAAUUGACCAGUGACCAGUAUUCAUUGUGUUAGCAAUUACUAUACAUAGACUUAUUAUCUACUUAUAUAUAACACUACACUUACAACUCAAUUUUUUUCAUCCAAAACUCAAAAUUUAAUACCUAUUAACUUAUUAUCUACUAAAUAAUGGCAAGUACUGUGGGUCAAGAAACGCAUGUUCUAUUGGUAGCACUACCAGUCCAAGGCCACCUCAAUCCAAUGCUUAAAUUCGCCAAACUUCUCUCACGACCGAACCUCCGAUUCACUCUCGCCACCACCGAACAAGCCCGUGACCUCCUCUCAGCCGCCAACACGGCCGACGAAGAACACCUUAGCCCAGUGGACCUCGCUUUCUUCCCUGAUGGGCUACCAAAAGACCACCCAAGAGCCGAUGAUUCUCUCCUCGUGUCAUUGAGAAAUGUCGGAGCCAAGAACUUGUCUAAAAUCAUCGAAUCAAAUAGAUUCUCUUGUAUUGUCACCGUGCCUUUUGCUCCUUGGGUUCCAGGUGUUGCAGCUGCAUAUAACAUCCCUUGCGCGCUCCUCUGGAUCCAAGCUUGUGGAGCUUACUCGGUUUACUACCGUUACUACAUGGCGACGAACACUUUCCCCGAGGAUCUAGAAGAUCUGAAUCAGACAGUUGAUCUACCAGCUUUACCAUUGUUGGAAGUUAGAGAUCUUCCUUCGUUUAUGUUACCUUCUUCGGGAAGUAACUUUAAUAACCUAAUGUUGGACUUCGUUGAUUGUUUGAAAAAUGUGAAAUGGGUUUUGGUUAACUCGUUUUACGAACUAGAAUCAGAGAUAAUCGAUUCGAUGUCUCAUUUAAAGCCAAUAAUCCCAGUGGGUCCUCUGGUUUCUCCAUUUCUAUUGCGAGCUGAUGAAGACAAAACCCUAGAUGAGAAAAAUCUUGAUCUAUGGAGAUCUGAUGGUGAUUGUAUAAAGUGGCUUGACACGCAAGCUAGGUUUUCGGUCGUUUACAUAUCUUUCGGAAGCUUGCUCAAAUGGUCUGUGAAUCAAGUGGAGAGCAUAGCAACGGCUAUGAGAAACAGAGGAAUUUCAUUUCUCUGGGUGAUUAGGCCUAAGGAGAUGGCUCAAAACGUCGGCGUUUUGCAGGAGAUGGUUCAAGAAGGACAAGGGGUUGUUAUCGAGUGGGGUCCUCAAGAGAGGAUAUUGAGCCACGUGGCGAUCUCUUGUUUCGUCACGCACUGUGGAUGGAACUCGACGAUGGAGACGGUGGUGACUGGUGUUCCGGUGGUGGCGUACCCGAGUUGGAUCGAUCAGCCGCUUGACGCGAGAUUGCUUGUGGAUGUGUUUGGGAUCGGAGUGAGGAUGAGGAACGAUGAAGUUGACGGCCAGCUCAAGGUUGCGGAGGUUGAGAGAUGUAUUGAGGCUGUGAUGGAAGGACCUUCAGCGGAGGAUAUGAGGAGGAGAGCGACGGAGCUGAAGCAAGCGGCGAGAUUGGCGUUGGCACCCGGUGGUUCAUCGGCUCAGAAUCUGGACUCGUUCAUUGGCUAUAUCACAAGUUGUGUUUAAGAAUUAUUGUUUUUAACCGGCGAUAACCGGGAUUUAAUUUUAGUA